CGCCGCUCGGCGGCGGGGUAUGAGAGUACAGGGCCAGGAGCGAGGUCCUUGGAGACAGGAGCCCGGGGAGGUCUGGACCGACCCAGAUCUCUUCCCGAGUUGCCAUGGGCCCUUCCGGUCACCGCGUCCAUCUCCCAAGCCUGAACAGACUGAUGAAAAUAGCAGUGUGGAGUCUUUGAACUCUGACAUUCAGAAACUGAAGGAGAGACGGGACAUGCUGGACAAGGAGAUUGCCCAGUUAGUAAAAGAAGGCUACCGUGUGGGUGAACUGGAGAACCAUAUCGCCCUCCUCCACGAGUACAAUGACGUCAAGGAUGUGGCACAGAUGCUGCUGGGAAAGCUGGCUCUGACCCGAGGUGUCACCACCAAGGAGUUAUAUCCAGAUUUUGGUCUAGACCUGAGUGACUGAGCAGAGUCUUGCAGAUUUUUGUCUACAGCCCAUGGGGACAGGUGGAUGGGGACAUGAAAAGCAGAGAGCCCAGACAGUACAUUUCAUGUGGUUUCCAGAUAAAAAAUGCUAGAAGCCCAAAAUUUCCUAAAGAGUCCAAACUAAGUUUAGGGUGGGUCCUAGAGAAGGGGGGUGGUGAUAGGGGUGGGUAUUAUCAGUUCUGAGGUUCCUGAAUGUACUUGUGCAUGGAUGUGUGUGUGUGGUUGUCCCUUUUGUUAAUAAACAUGAGCAGUCUCUA